GUUUAUCCCAUCCCGUUUUGAGAAUCUCCGAGCGACAAGAGCUAUUUUUUCCUCGACGACAUCACAAACGAAGAGCAGAAGAAGUCUAUUUCACAUAGUUAUUCGUGCCAUGCUCACCUGAAACCGAACUCGAUAUCUUAUCUGCAAAUAGUGCUCCGAAGAUGGGGACAACGAGACCACGUACCUCGGCGAGAGCCGCCUCCGCCGUCGCGCAGCCCUUACCAGAAAAGACCUUUGUCCUUGACAACGGCGCAUACACGCUAAAAGCGGGAUACGCACCGGAUUCCACUCCUCCAGAUGAUGAAGCAAAGGCACUUUUGGCCUGCAGCAUUAUACCUAAUGCCCUCGCGAAGACACGUGGGAAUCGAGUCUUUCUUGGCUCACAGCUUCAAACGCACAUCACUGAUUGGAACGAGGUGAUAUUCCGUCGUCCUAUGGAGAAAGGAUAUAUUGUGAACUGGGAGGCACAAAGGGCAAUUUGGGAGCAUUCAUUUUUCGAUGAGAAAACAGCACGGUGCUCGAAUCUUCUGAUCGCGAAUCCCGAGGAGACCACGCUCGUGCUCAUGGAGGCCCCGAAUGCGUUGUCAGCAUUACAGAAAAAUGCAGACGAGAUUGUGAUGGAAGAGUGGGGAUUUGGGGGCUACGUGAGAUGCGUGGGGCCGACCCUCAACGCUUGGAAUGAGAUACACGAUUUAUUUGGCGAUUCAGUCUUACGAAGAACGGAUUCAUCUGCCCUGCCAGCGGAAUGUUUACUUGUCGUCGAUUCUGGUUAUUCCCACACUACGGUGACUCCAGUCUACAAGGGGCAGCCUCUUCAACGUGCGAUUCGCAGACUUGACAUUGGAGGCAAACACCUCACAAACUAUCUUAAGGAGAUGGUGUCAAUGAGGCAGUAUAAUAUGGUGGAUGAGACAUAUGUAAUGAAUGAGGUCAAAGAAGCUGCUUGCUUUGUGAGCAACUGUUUCACAAAUGACAUGGAACGGACGUGGAAGGGCAACCGAAAGCGCCCUCAGACGGAACCAGGUGAAGGAAUUGUAGUCGAAUACGUCCUUCCUGACCCGAACGCGGAUAAGAAGGGAUACAUGCGCCCGCAUGAUCCUCUCCUAAAUACCAAGAAAAGGAAAGGUAUCCUUUCCGGCGCCCAUGCCGAAGUGUUAUCGGAGGAUGUGCUGGUCCUUGGCAAUGAACGUUUUACUGUACCAGAGGUAUUGUUUACGCCGAGUGACAUCGGCAUGAGACAGGCAGGCAUACCAGAUAUUAUCCUUCAGAGUCUAUCUGUCUUGCCAACCGGGCUGCAUCCUGCGUUCCUAGCCAACGUCUUGGUCGUUGGCGGAAAUUGUCUAUUACCAGGGUUUAUGAAAAGGCUGGAGACGGAACUACGCCGGAUUGCUUCUGCAGAAUGUGAAGUGAGAGUUCGACGUCCAGCAGAUCCUAUUCGCUAUACAUGGCUGGGUGCGUCGCGUUUCGCAACAAAUAAAGAGGAGCUGAAGAAAGUCGCGAUUACCCGACAGGAAUACCAAGAGCAUGGCUCCGCUUGGGCCGCGAAGAAGUUCUCUCGCGCGUUAUGAGGCGUAUUUCUUAAAUCAAUUGAUUUUCUUUUCAUCGUCAGACCAGGAAUUUCCUUGGGGCGGAGUUUCAGCUGGCUUAGACGGAGUUCGCUGGGGGAGCUGCUGGUUCUUUGGUUGGUAUAAUACUGCUAUUUGUUCCUAAUAACCUCUGAACUCUACCUGACUCUAGCUGAGUAGGCCUAAAACGGGUAGACCAGGUGGAAAUCUCCACUCUACAUACAGAUUGUCACUUUCAUCCGUCUCCCUGCUAAACUGGAUAAGCUGGUUAUCCAAAGGCUGACCUUGCAAGGCAGAAAGGAGCCUUGUCAGCCGUAUCAAACUCCCAAGAAUGGAGUAACAUCAUGGUCAUCCGAUAGAGAGUGACAAAAAGGGCUACAGUAUAUGCGGCUCUUCGUCAUUCAAUGAGGUUGAACAUGGUUUUGCAUCUUGUGAUCUGGGUCCUUUCCAGCUCCAACCUCCUUUUCAACUUCCUUCAGUGAUAGCCAUGAAGAUGGUGGUAACAUAUGAAUGGCUGGUUAGGAGGGGUAUGCCCUGUCAACUGCAGCCUUAGGAUAAGUGUGCAAGGUUGAUGCAGGUCUAAGCACUGCUGAAUAGCCAGCUUGACACCAUUGAAGUGGCAGUGCCUCUAUUUGCUGACGGGUUGCAGUUGCUUUGAUGGCCAUUCAUGGUGUUGACUAGGGGCGGGCAGUUAUCUUGAUAUAUCCUCUUUCCCCCUCUGAUAACCCUAUAUCUUCCUGGCCAUAAUCCUGUCUGAGUCCCUGCCUAGCCUCCACUAAGCUGGCGCACGCUCUCCUAAAAAUGUGCCCUCGUUCAUAUCUUCUUAUCAUCCGCAGAAUUUUCUUAAAAUGGUUGCUUAACAUAUUUGCCAGAACAGCAUCCAUUUCCAUCUAACGAUAUGGCACGAAGGUUCAGAUUCAGUCACGAAUUUUCUCGACGUGACUUAAUCUAGAGUUCUGCACUAGAACACAAGUUUCAGAAUACCAAGGACGAAACCGUGAGGAUCGAAUACUAGGAAAUGACAGACAGUCUGGCUGCCUGUUCCAGAAGGUGCAAUGAAUAUCUAUACAGAUGGCACAGCUCUUGUCUUAAGCUUCAAUACCAACCAGGAAGCAAGGGCUUGGCAUAAUCGUGUGUUUUGCUUGGACGUCAGCACAGAGGCCUUGCGGAAAACACAGAGAUCAGCAUUGGGAGUUGGACGGAAGAAAACCUUAACGAAAGACUUAGGCUACAUGGCCGCCAAGGGCAACGGUUGGAGAGUCCGCGCCCUGGGCGCCAGUAGUUGCUUGGGGCCCUCACCACUGUAUUAGGGACCUCAGUCUUUUCGUUAGUCUUCGUUUCCAUUUCAUCAUUUCUCGUUUCUCAUUUUCGUUCAUCGUUUGCGUGUAAGUAGAAUGAGCAGGCGUCGGGCAUAAAAGCCUGCGCUUGGGACCAAGUAUGGAGGGAGGCAAAAUGAAUUCAACUUCAUGGUUACUUUGUGUUCUGUUUGACUUUUGAUCUAGACAUAGGAUUCCUACUUAAUAGCAGUAUUUCCUAGGUGUUCCAUAACCCUGCCAUACUAUUUGGAUAAAGA